UAAUUAAUAAUCACAUCUAACUAUUUAAGUGUGACACUAUUAUUAUUAUUAUUUCCAAAUUGUUAUACUCAUAAUGUUGGCCCGUAGCAUUUUUCAGAAGAGGUCUUGUUGGAGGUCCGGUAAUGUCUAUCGUUUAUUUGGCCGGCGGUUGCCGGCUUCCACCGUGGAGGCGACGGAGAUGAAGCCUACGGUGGUGGGUCACUUCUCAACUGCUGCUUCAACUCCUAUAAAGUCCACUUUUGACUGCUCUUAUAAGUUGUAUAACAACAAGGUUCAUUACUUGUCAACUAGUGUGGCGGCGGCUCUUGAACGAGUGGACAACAUAAUCGACAUACCCCUGGCACAAACGGGUGAAGGUAUCGCGGAAUGUGAACUUCUCAAAUGGUUUGUGAAGGUGGGAGAUGAAGUGGAAAAGUAUCAACCUCUUUGUGAAGUUCAAAGUGACAAAGCUACCAUAGAAAUAACAAGCCGAUACCAAGGAAAAGUUAUUCAAUUUCUUCAUGUUCCUGGUGAUAUUGUGAAGGUUGGAGAAACACUUUUGAGCAUAAGUGUUGAUGCUUCUCAAGUCCCAUCGGAUGUUGGCAAGUCAUCACCAACUUCUCAUCCAACCGAACCAAGUAAGGAAAGCUCGGAUCUAAGCAAGACUCAAAAAGGGGAAACCUUAUCGACUCCUGCUGUUCGAAACCUUGCAAACCAACACGGUAUUGAUCUAAACGAUGUCCCAGGAACCGGGAGACAUGGAAGAAUACAAAAAGAAGAUGUCCUCAAUUAUGCUACUAGCAUAAAAAACAAGCCUGCCAUGGUUAAUCCUAGUUCUGAUAAACCAACAUUGGAACCAGAACCAAUAGUCCAACAUAUGACAAAUGAAUCUCUUUAUCAAGACAAGACAUUGCCCAUAAGGGGUUAUCAACGCGCGAUGGUGAAGUUUAUGACCUCAGCAGCAACCGUACCUCAUUUUCAUUACAUCGAGGAGAUUAACUGCGAUGAGCUCUGGAAGCUUAAAGUUGCUUUCCAAAAACAGAAUUCCGAUCCAGAUAUUAAAUUAACAUUUCUUCCCGUGUUGAUUAAAUCUCUCUCGAUGGCCUUGACGAGUUAUCCGUUGCUAAAUAGUACCUUCAAUCUUGAAAAAUAUGAAGUCAAUCUAAAAGGUUCUCACAACGUAGGAAUCACGAUGGCUACACCAGUCGGAUUAGUUGUACCAAACAUAAAGAAUGUUCAACCCCUUUCGAUUUUUGAGAUAACCAAAGAACUUGCACGGCUACAAAAGUUGGCUCACGAAAACAAGCUUACUCCUGAAGAUAUACGUGGUGGAACCAUAACUCUAAGCAAUAUUGGAGCGAUUGGUGGGAAGUCUGGAUCACCCCUCAUUAAUGUUCCCGAAGUAGCAAUCAUAGCCCUUGGUCGGACCCAAAAGGUCACUUCUUUUGGUGACGAUGGAAACGUGUACCCUGUCUCACUCAUGACGGCUAACAUAGCGGCGGACCAUAGGAUUCUUGAUGGAGCAACCGUAGCGCUAUUUUGCAAUGAAUGGAAGAAGCUUAUUGAAAAACCCGAGUUGAUAUUGUUGCAUACGAGAUAAUGUAAUCCUUAACCCUCAUAAGUGCCAUAUUUUGCUUUGCAUCAAAGAUUGGGUGCAGUUGGAGCAGAGCUUAGGCUAGAUGACUUAAAUUGUAUAACUAUUUUUUUUUUUUUUUUGUUAAUGAUCAG